GCCCUUCCCUCUUUUAUAGCCAAGUGUCUCAAGUUGCGCCAACCGCUGACGCCUGUCCGAUUCAGGGGAGAGCUCCUGAUGCAGCUCAACAUCCGUGUCCCACGUCUAAGUCAUAGGCAGAAAAGGAGUAGGCUUUACACAGGAUUUGAAAAAGUUCUUGCUACCUUGCAAGUGUUGGGAGGGUGGAAAGAAACUGAGCAGAGGUUUGCCAAAGGUCAAGAGGUGCCUUCUUCCUUGUCCCACUUCAGAGCCCUGCAGACUGGGCACCUCAAGGGCCAUCCAGAGCCCCUGCUCCAUUGCAGCAUCCCUGAGAGAAGUGCGGCACCAGAAGCCCCCAACCCAAAAAGGCAGGAGCCACCCCUCUCUGCACUCCUUAGGGACCUGCUGAGGAUGCCGCCCCUAGGCUCAGUGGGGCCAAGGAAACUGUCCAGCCCCAUUCUGUCCAUCCAUCCAGGACCGGACCAGUGCCUCGCCCUCACGGACAGGGCUGGGCUCAGGCUGCAUGCCAGUCUGCAGCAGAAGGAUGCCCUCUGAGAGAGACGGACGUGCCCUCCUCUCUUUGCCUCUCCUCUGCAGGCGUGGUGGGCCAGUGGGAGGAUCAGCACCUGUUGCCACAGCCGCUCCUUCAAAGGUCCGUAUUGCCAGCCCUGCCUCUGCCGCGUCUGGAAGAAGCUCCUGUCCUACUGGUGCCAACUCCAGCCUUUGGCAGCCAUGACAAAGAUCCAGCAAUUCCAGUUACUCCUGAUCCUGGCGGUGCAGGUGCUGGUCCUCGUCUGCUUCUUCAUGGACUUCAGAGGGAGGAAGGAGCUCUAUCUGGAAGAUGAGCAGCCCUCAAAGGUCCACGUUCUGAUCCUAUCUUCCUGGCGGUCGGGCUCCUCCUUCGUGGGGCAGCUCUUCAGCCAACACCCGGAUGUCUUCUACCUGAUGGAGCCAGCCUGGCAUGUUUGGGCCACCAUGCACCAGAACAGCGUCAAGGUCCUGCACAUGGCGGUGAGGGAUCUCAUCCGCUCCAUCUUCAAGUGCGACAUGUCCGUCUUCGAUGCCUACAUGCCCGAGAAGAGGAACAAGUCUGCGCUCUUCAAGUGGGAAACCAGCCGGGCCCUUUGCUCCCAGCCGGCCUGCAGCGCCUUCCCACGUGGAGACAUUGUCCCCAAGCAGGCUUGCCAGGCCCUCUGCGGCCGGUACCCCUUCUCCACGGUUGAGGAGGCCUGCCAGAUUUACAGCCACGUUGCCUUGAAGGAGGUGCGCAUCAUGGACCUGCGUUCCCUCCUCCCACUCCUCACCGACCCUUCCCUCAACCUUAGGAUCAUCCACUUGGUCCGGGACCCCAGGGCUGUCUUCCACUCCCGAACCCGCGAUGGCACAGCCCCCGCUCUCUCCCUGGGCAGCCGGAUCGUGUCCAGGGGAAAGGGCCUCCCCAAGGAGCCCGAGUCCCUCACUGUCAUGCGGGAGAUCUGCCGGAGCCAAGUCGAGAUCUCCGAGACCCAGCGUGCCUUCCCCUCCACCCUCCAGGGCCGCUAUCACUUGGUCCGCUAUGAGGACAUUGCCCGGGACCCGCUGGCCAAAGCUGCUGAGCUCUACACAUUUGUGGGGCUGGACUUCCCCCCCACCCUCCAGCAGUGGGUCCACAAUAUCACCCACGGCCCGGGUUUGGGCAGGGCGGCCUUUGACACCACCGCCCGGGAUGCAGAGGAUGUGGCCCAGGCUUGGAGGAAUAGUCUGCCUUACACUCAGGUGGCCAUGCUGCAGGACAUCUGUCAGGAUGCCAUGCGCCUGCUGGGUUACCAGAGAGUGGCCUCUGUGGAGGAGCAGCAGGACCUGGGGCUGAGCCUCCUGGACACCCCCAAGCCGCAGGGCAAGGAAGCUGCAAAGACAGCCCCCAGCAGCUGAGAAGGGGGCGGCCGGAGGGAGGAUGGAUGGGUGCAAGGCACUGGCUGGACCUCCACUAUGAAUUCCGUUUUGUAAGAGGCAGCAAGUGGAUCUCAGGCUCUCUGGCUCCACAACAGAGUGUCUGGGAUGGCUAUGGAUUCAAUGGGAAUGUAGCUCCCUCCUCCCCCUAUCGCACUCUGGGUGGGUGGGGGGGGGACCCUUGUCCAACAGCAGGAGGACUCCUCCUGUCCACCGCGAUGUUUGACUCUUCCUGCCAGUGCAAACACUCUCACGUAUUUACUCUGAAAGAGGAUUUGGAGUGCCUGUGAAAAAUCAACAAAGAAACCAGAGGCACUUUAAACCCAACUAGCGUUAUUGGGCAUUACACCUUGGGCAGCGGUUCAUAUACAAGACCCAGAGCUUGAAUUCGGGUGGCAAAGCUGAGAGAAAGAACACUGCAGGGAUGACUGUAAAACAAGAGCCAAAGUGGUGAUGCCACAGUGUUUGCUCUAAGAAAAGUGUUCCCAUGAUGCGAGAAAGGGGUGGAGUGCAGACCAGCAGAUGCAGAAAAGGUACACAUUAAUUUUUUUACCAGAUUUGUACCCCGUCCUUCUCACCCCAAAGGGCACUCAUUGCGGCCUUAGAAUAGG